AUGAAUUCUUUGGAGCGUAAUUGGCAACUUAGAUACUUUACUUUGACGCUAAGGAUGGCAACAAAACGGAAAGCUGUGGAUUUCGAAGCUGUUUCGGGUAAAAAGGAAAAGGAGGAGGAUUUUUUCGAGUCCCACUUUAAUUACAAACUCGAUUCUGUGGUCGCAAAAGCUCUUUUAGAACCACAUUUCGGUCCAGAGCCAUCUUCAUCUUUGCUUGUAGAAGGAUUUGGACAUGUGCAAUGCCAGCAGCGCAGUUCAGACUUCCCCUGCGGUGAAAUAACUGUUAGACCAUUUGAAAACUUCGGGUUGUCAGCGAAACUUCUAGAGAAUUUUCGACUUUUGAAUGGUGGACCAGCUUCUGUUACUCAGAACUAUCUUUUUAACAUCAUGGCAAGAUAUAAAGAUUUAUAUAUCACUCCCAGCAACCCACAUCACAUUAUUUUGUACUGCCUACAUGUUCUUAAUCACACAGUUAAAACCAAAAAUAUGGUGAUUUCUAAUAAUGAAAGGCUGGAUAAUCUUCGCAGCAAGGGCAUUAUUAAUGAAGAAGAAAUUGAGCGGGCUCGCGAUCAAGGGUUUUCGAGGCCGAAAGUAUUGAUAUUGUGCCCGAUGAGAAAAGACGCAUUUGCUGUCAUAGACUGUUUUCGUAAACUGAUUUUUGGGGAGUCAUCAAAAGGUUUUGUAGCGAACGCCAAAAGGUUUAAGGCAGAAUUUGGUGAUAAUGGCUAUAGAAUACAUAAGGACAGAAAUGUGUGUGACGAGUAUAAAGAAUUAAUGUCGGGAAAUAAUGACGACUGCUUUAGGAUAGGUGUAGCAGUUACUAAAAAGGGUUUAAGACUUUACUCGUCAUUUGAAAAAUCUGAUAUUAUAAUUGCUUCUCCACUGGGCUUACGCGUGAUUGUUGGUGAUAAGUCAGAAGAGAAUCGGGAAAUUGGUUUCCUUUCUUCAAUUGAAAUUUUAAUUAUAGAUAAGGCAGAAAUCAUUCUCAUGCAGAACUGGGAGCAACUUUUACUGAUUGUUAAUAGUAUUAAUCUUACUCCUGAAAAGAUCACUGUGGACAUAUCGAGGGUUCGUCAGUGGUCUCUCGAACAACAAGCGAGUUUAUAUAGGCAAACUAUAAUAUCUUCCUCGGUACAGCUGACAGAAUGUCGCGCGAUAUUUGCCUUACAGUGUUGUAACUUUGCUGGUUUUUAUCGUCUGCAGCCAUCAUCUGUUGGACUCCUUUCAGAGAUUGAAGUUCCUGUGUCUCAGGAGCUUCGGAAAUUUGUGGUUGAUAAUCCGGAAGAUCAGUCUGAGAGUCGGUUCAACUUUUUUAAAGAGAAAAUCCUUCCAGCUUGUGAAACAGGUACCUUGGUGUUUAUACCGUCAUACUUUGACUUUGUAAAAAUAAGAAAUCAUCUGAAGAAAGAAAAUGACAGUUUUGUACAACUGAGUGAAUAUGCUAAGCAAGGAAAGGUUGCCAAGGCACGAGAACUGUUCUUUUAUGGCGAAAGGAAACUUAUGCUCCUUACCGAACGUUUUCAUUUUUUCCGACGUUAUCACAUCAAGGCCAUAAAGUCAUUGGUUUUUUAUCAACUGCCUGCAUUGCCCUCAUUUUAUCACGAGUUUAUUAAUAUGGUGAUUAGCAAAAGUCGAGUUUUGGUUCGAGUACUUUAUUGCCGUUACGAUAUUGAUCGGCUGAGGAACAUUUUUGGUGAUUUGAACAGUGAACAGUUGCUGAAUUCCAAGAAGAAUGUUCAUGUCUUGUUGAGCCACUAA